CGACCUCUCGUCGCUCGCUUGCUUGGGUCUGGCCCGGCCGACGACGGCAGCGGGACCGGAGUCUCGGCGUUUGCGGGCGUGGGCCCGCCGGGCGGCAUGGACGGGCCGCCGGCCGCCGCUGGCGGGGACGUCUCCCUGCACAACUUCAGCGCGAGGCUGUGGGAGCAGCUCGUCCACUUCCACGUCAUGCGGCUGACGGACUCGCUCUUCCUGUGGGUGGGGGCCACGCCUCACCUGCGCAACCUCGCGGUGGCCAUGUGCAACCGCUACGAUUCCAUCCCUGUGUCUACCUCCCUCCUCGGAGACACUUCUGAUACGACCUCCUCUGGCCUUGCCCAGCGCUUAGGUACGUGCCCACGGCUGGUGCUGCAGGAGCAGCUGGGUGGGGACCUCGCUGUUUAAUGGAACCAUGAGGCCGGUGACUUUAGAAGGAAAGAAUCCUUGUAUUGAGAGAUGAGCACAGAUGUCUUCUUUAAGGAGGGCUUGUCCAUGCCCUUGACCAUGACCACUGUCUCAGGGCCAGCAUGUUCUUAAGGGCCUCCCACGUCAUGCCUUGGCUGCUGUGCAAGCUGAUGAAUGACAAGGUGAUUCAGUUCCCUCCUGUAAACACAUGACCUCCUCGUGGGAGGAGAGUGUGAGUGGUGCCCACAGUACCUAUCAGGCAGUGGCUCCGGGUAGCCGCCUGGUGACUCAGGAGACCCUGGGCAGCCGCCUGCCAGCAAUGCACAGGAGGGAUUGUCCUUGUUCAGAGCUCGCAAGAGGGGAGGCUGGCCUGACCUGAGUGUGGCGUGGAGGGUGGUGAGCAAGAACGAGAGGUUAAAAGCGCCACCCUCUCCUGGGCCCCAAACACAUACUUUCUGGAAAUAUCCAGGUAGUUGGGGUAAGGAUGGUAUGUGUUCUGCCCUCUGCCGGUGCUCAGUCGCCACGUCUCCCAGGGCACCUGGAGACAUGGGACAGCCGGGCAACCUCUGUCUCCUCCUCGGGCAUUGUGUUCACCAGUGCUCCCUGUCAGUUUGGUUCCAGAGCCCAUUAUGGGGCCCCAUGUCCUGGUGCUGGGGUGUACGGUGGCUGAGGUCUGGGUCCUGACUUUAAGAAGCUUCUGGUUUAGUGGCACUGGCAUUUCUAUCGACCUAUCCCUGCUUAGUGGGAGUUUACAUGCUGGUCACUCAGGGAGGCAACUGGGUGAAGCACAGCCACACACUGGAGGGGGGGGUGGGGGAGGAGGGGGCAGGGUGAGGACUGGUCAUUCUAGACUUGCCACUCUGAGUUCUGUGUGUGAGGAGGGCCGACCACGAGGGCAGCUGUGGCAUUUUAGGAACAUCUGUACCUUUUUAGAGAAACCUGGCUAGUAAUUAGUGUGCGCUAGUAACCAAACUAGUAAGUUCUGGUAACUUGUUAUUAGGAAAUAAUUUUACAUUUACAGAAAAUUUGCCCCAAAGAUACCGGGAAUUUCUGCUUAGCCUUCACCUAGAUUCCCAGUUGCUCUCAUUCCCUGUGUUGAUACUAUUUUUUUCUGAACCACGUGAAGUUAGUUGACAAGAUGCCCCUUGGCUUCUAUGUGCAUCACUGUGUGUUUACCGGCGUCGAAGGGCUGACACACGUAAUAUCAAAUAGACCACUGCAAGCCCUGCCUGGUCAGAUGAAGACGUGGGAGAGUGUUCAUGUUUAUAGGAUCACCCCAGUGUGGGAGACGGAUUCUGGUAGAGGAUGGCGGGGGCUUGUUUGCUGUGCCACGAAUAAAUUGUUUAUGCCAAUAAAGUAAGAUGGGCCCAAGGGUACCCUUGAGAUGAAAGCCUAGGAGCAGUUUGUAUGCAACAAACUAUUAUUUUUUUUUAGUUUUGUGCAAAUUUUAAAAAAUAUUUUUCCUAUGUGGUUUCCAUCAAUUUAUAAUAAUCUGUAUAAAUUGUGACAGAACAUAGACAAAAUAAGUCCUCACCAACUUAUUAUUAAACUCAGAUAUUAACGAAGGGUCCCUCCUGCCUUGUUAUCAGCAAAACCUGGCAGUCCUGAGUCUUGAGUCCCAGCAAGGACAGGCACACAGAAAAAUCUGGAAAAGUCAGUGGUAUGAUGUGGCUGGGUCUGGUGAUGCACUGGUGCUGGGGGCACCAGGGGGCUGUCCAGCACUGCCCUUCCCUGUUCUGGUCAUCUCGAGCUUAGGUCUGGACCCUGCAGUUGAAAAUACAUUGCUUGUGUAGAGGGGUAAUGAGAAGAGAGAAGCAUCCUGAAACAGUAUCUUUUUUUGUUUUUUGUUUUUUUUAACUUUUUUUAACGUUUAUUUUUGAGAGAGACACAGCAUGAGCGGAGAGGGGCAGAGAGAGAGAGAGGGAGACAGAAUCUGAAGCAGGCUCCAGGCUCUGAGCUGUCAGUGUGGAGCCCAACAUGGGGCUUGAACUCACAAACUGUGAGGUCAUGACCUGAGCCGAAGUUGGACGCUUAACUGACUGAGCCACCCAGGCGCUCCCUGGAACGGUAUCUUAUAUGGAGGAUGAAAGGAAGUAGAAAAAGAGAAGAUCUAGUGGGUUCAGAGUAACCCCAGAAGCAUUGGAGGGCUUUGGUGUGCAUGGGAUCGCCCUUAUUCUGUGCAGCACAGAGGGCACAGCUGGGUCUGCUGGGUGAACAGUGCAGGCAGAUAGUUUUGCUCCCUGUAAGAGCCUGUCUGAGCAAGUAGAGUGAUUGCCCACCCCCCCUUCUGGGGACAAGGAAUUUCCUGCCACCGAACAAGAGUAGGCCGAGUGGGCUGUGACUUGACAGAUGCCAACCUCACCUCACCUCACCUCACCUCACCUCACCUCACCUCACCGUGUUUUCACCUUUGAUGACAGGGCUGGCAUGGUCAUCUGAUGUCUGUGGGCUGGCGGAGGGCGGGUGGGUGUCUCUGUGGGGAGUAGGAGUUUGCACUUGCCCUGUGUGUGUGGUGAGGCCAGGUUGCGUGAGGAGGCGUCAUCACUGGUGUGGUUGAUAUUUAACUGGUUUAGGCUUACUGCCUGAAUUGCCGUCAGGAUAGGUCUUUCUGAUUCUGGGCAUGUGACUGUGCUUGAUUUUUGUAGUUGGAGCAGUACACCCCAACUGUUGGUUCUGUAGAAAGGGUCAAAAUGUCUCUUCAACAUCAAAUUGAAAGUCCUACAUUUGUGUGUAUAUGCACACAAUAUGUGCAUGUAAGUGUGUGUUAUAUAAAUGUACAGAAAUGUAGCCCCAGGAUUAUCCCUGGGAAAAGACUGGAAUUGGUAGAGAGGGUGGUACUGAAGGAGAAAUUAAGUAUUUUAAAUACUUUGGUAUUAUCUGUAUUUUAAAAAAGUGAAAAAACCCACAAAAAAACAAACCAACUUUUUAAGUAGAAUAGUGGAUUAGCGCUUGGAUCCCCUGGAGGGCUUGUGAAGCAGGUUGCUGGCCUCACCCCCGGCUUCCAGGAUGGGGGCCUGAGAAUCUGCAGCUCUAACAAGCUCUCAGGUGCUGCUGCUGAGGUGGGGUCAUGCUUGGAGAACCACUGAGGCAGAGAGCAGGAGGGGGUCUCAAUGACUGUAGUCUGCAUUUGUGGCCGUUGCUGGGGAAGAGCAUUACAGAUUAGAUCCACCUUCUCUCCCUGAGACCUCGCUGUCUUGUCCCAGGCAUCUCUCUGCUGUGAGGUAGGUGUGAGGCGCACACAGCCUCUAGGCUUUUCAGUCACGUCUGUGCCAAUGUUUUCUCUUUUUAGCCAGGAAGACCAACAAACAAGUGUUUGUCAGCUAUAACCUUCAAAA